GGGGGGUAAGAUUCUGGGAACCUGGGACUGACAGAGGGGUACUAAUAAUGAUUCAAAAACAAGAGGUGGAAAGGCGGCUGGCGGUAGGGCCCAACCGAAUCCUGGGAGGAUCCGGAAGAGGUCGAAAGAGAAAGGGCAAAGAAAAGGGGAGGUUAAGUUAUGAGAACUCAAAAGUUCCGAGCACAGCCGAAACUUUCCGAGCCCCAGUAAAUCAAUCAGAAGAGACUGCCGGAGAGGACGAUCUCCUGUGGGCAGUAAUGGAAGCGACCUAUAAAACCUUAAAUGCAACUAAUCCGAAUUUCACGACCUCCUGUUGGUUAUGUUAUGACACACAGCCACCAUUUUAUGAGGGAAUAGCAGUAUCAUCCCCUUAUAAUACCUCAAAGGAAAACCAUCCUCACGAGUGUAAUUGGAAAGAAAAGAAACCCCGGAUCACACUCCAACAAGUCAGGGGCAGCGGCUGGUGCAUAGGGAAAGGAUCUGGAAAUCUGAAUCCUCUGUGCGCAAAAACGACUGCUGACUUAGCCCCAGACGUUAAGUGGGUUCUUCCCAGUCCAGGAGCGUGGUGGGUAUGCGCAUUAUCAGGAUUGACUCCUUGUCUCUCCACUGCAAUAAUCAUGAAAGAUGCAUCCGAGCUCUGCAUACAAGUUAUUGUGAUACCGAGGAUACUUGCCCACAAUGAGGAAAGUAUGUAUCUCUAUUGGGAUACCUCAAUCCAUAGGAUCAGUAAGAGAGAGCCCAUCUCAGCCGUCACAAUAGCUACCCUGCUUGGGUUGGGAGUAGCCGGAACGGCCACUGGUGCGGCCUCCUUGGUACAACAGCAACAAAGGUUUAGCUCUUUACGAGCCGCAGUAGAUGAAGACCUAAUGAAAAUAGAAAAGUCUAUAUCUUACCUGGAAAAAUCCUUGACCUCAUUAUCAGAGGUGGUAUUACAAAACAGGAGAGGGCUGAACCUAUUAUUCUUGCAGCAGGGAGGAGUGUGUGCCGCCCUAGGUGAGGAGUGCUGUUUUUAUGCAGAUCACACCGGGGUGGUCAGGGACUCCUUAGCCAAACUGAGAGAAGGACUAGAAAAGCGGAAACGAGAACGGGAAGCACAGUCCUCAUGGUACGAGUCAUGGCACAACUGGCCACCCUGGCUGACCACCCUAAUCUCUACCAUAGCAGGACCCCUCGUAAUCCUUCUAUUGGCCUUAACCUUUGGACCUUGCAUUCUCAGUAGGUUGGUGUCCUUUGUUAAGGACAGACUGGGAGCGGUACCAUUGAUGGUAAUAAAACAAUCAGAAGUGGGAAAGAAGGAGACGAUCAACGAUUCUGAGUUAUCCGCUGCCAGAGACGUACUAUCUAGGUUCGAUCAGCAAAUUUAGUAUACAUAAAAGAAAAGGGGGGAAUUGUGUUAAGUAACUGAGGUAAAUUUGCUGAAUCAGAAUGAGGGAGCAGAAGAACGGGGCUGCAUAUGCUAGGAAUGUAUAUGCUAGAAAAAAGGAUAUAAUAUCGGUUAAAACCAGCCCUGUGGUCCGGCGUCAAUAUGCCAUGUAGCUCAGUCCUGUGGUCUGCUGCAGCCAAGGUUACUCAAGAUGAUAAAGAGGGACCCACCUCCUGUGGUCUACCACCGGCCAGGUUACUCAAGAUGAUAAAGAGGGACCCCGCGGCCUUUCUUCAAAAACAACCCCUAACGACCACCAUUGCGCACGCUCAAGAGGAGGAACCUGCUUGAAGAAAAUUUAAAUACGAGGCGAACAAGGGGUGAUGAA